AUGUGUCGAUUCCUGGUAUACAAGGGGAGAAAUGACAUCCUGCUAAGCAAAUUGAUCACCGAACCCAGUCACUCUAUUCUAACCCAAUCCUAUGACUGCCGACUGAGAUUAGACACACGACGACCGGUAAAUGGCGAUGGAUUCGGUGUUGGAUUCUAUACUUCCCCGGAACUUGGACCGGAACCUUGCAUAUUCACUUCGACCCUUCCCGCCUGGAAUUGCGACAACCUUGAACGGAUCGCAUCUAAGACAUGCUCGUCACUCGUGUUUGCACAUGUACGAGCAACAACCGAGGGGUCUUUAGCAGAAAACAACUGUCAUCCUUUCCAGCACAAUACUCUGAUGUGGAUGCACAAUGGAAAUCUUGGAGGAUGGUACCAUAUAAAACGGCCCCUUGGCGACUCAUUGGCUAACAAGUGGUAUCUGGGCGUAAAAGGAGGAACUGACAGCGAAUGGGCAUUUGCUCUCUUCCUGGAUUUGAUGGAAAAGGAAGGAGUAGAUCCCAGCUCAGCGCCAGAGGGAGGAUUUGGUCCUGAAUUGCUGAGAGGUGUGAUGACCAAAACAAUCCGGAAAAUCAACGAAUUUAUCGCUGCCAUUCCCAAGGAAUACGCCAUGACCGAUCUUGAGGUGAGAAGUCUCCUCAACUUUGCGGUGACAGACGGACACUCUGUUAUUUGCACCCGCUAUGUGAGUAGCAAAACAGACGAAGCCGCUAGCUUGUACUUUUCGUCAGGCACCAAAUGGAAAGAAGGCAAAGUUAAAGGUGAUUUUAAGAUGGAGAGACAUGACAAGGGAGCCGACAUUGUCCUAGUAGCCAGUGAACCGCUCACAUUCGAGAGGCAUAACUGGGUUACUGUCCCGACAAACUCUAUUCUCACGAUCCACAAACAAAACGUGCUCAUUCAUCCUAUCAUAGACGAGUUUUAUGACGGGGAUCCAAAUCAUGACAGAUCUUCCGGGUUCGCGGUCUCGAAGGGACUUGUAAGCAAAGCCCCCGGAACCACCGUUGCUCCUGAAGGCGAAGGCGUCCCUAGACCUAAUGGGCCGGCAAAUACUGUCAUAACUGCUUGCGGAGCUAGAAGGGACAUAGACAGCCUAACCCUGGAGAUGCAUCGGAAUACUAAUGGGGUCGCUCUCCCUUCCUAG